AUGGAAAAGUACCUGGUCUCUCCGAUGACGGAGGUUCCGUUCAUGUACGACGACGACAAGUAUGAGGAAAGCGGCGCUGGAGCCAUCCGUGUGAUCGACUUCGCCGACGAGCAGGCCUUCAUCCAUGAGAACAUGAAGCUGAAGACGCCGCACCCGCCGAUCCAGCUCUUCAAGGAGAACCCUCUCGAAUACAUCAUGGAGUUCAUGUUCCUCCCGCGCCCGGACCGACUCGCCGAGCGCAACUGGGAGUUCUACUGCCUCCACUGGCAGCCGGUCACGUUCCACAUGCUCGAGAUCUGCACCGAGUACAUCUCCCAGAAGAACGUCGACCUGAUGAACGAGAACGCCGAGCUCGAGCGUGCCGUCAAAGGCCUCGGCCCGCGUCGCACCACGGUGCUCACGCCCCACGUCUACGACGCGCAGACGAUCGAGCGCACCAGGAAGCCUCCCAAGCAGGGCGACCGGCCGUGGGACCGCGACGACCACAUCUACUGCAUCUGUGAGGGAGUCAAGCUCUUCCCGAAGAACCUAGCCAAGAACAAGCGCUACAAGCAGCAACUCAACCUGCCCAUCCCCGGCGUCGACUACGAGGUCAUCCGCGGCAAGGUCUACAACGAGCUCGACUAUCUCCGCAACAGACCCGUCCCGCCCAAGGUCGUCAAGAAGACCGCCGCCCCCGCCGCCAAGGUCGGCGGCGUCCGCCGCAAGCCCGCCAGGACCAAGAAGACCGACCGCAACGGCGCCGUCCCCGACGACAAUGACGCAGACCUGAACAACAGCCUCCACGCGCUGGCCUCCUCUAGCAGGGCCCCCGUCGUCAAGAAACAGCUCGGCAACAUCGCCACGGCGACCGCGACGUCUGGCGCAGGCACUGGCGGCAGCCAGAAGAAACGCACCACCCCCAAGCGCCCCAUGAAGGAGCGCUUCAGCGACGACGAAUACGUCCCCGGCAACGGCCACGCCGCCUCCCCCAAGAAGAAGACGAAGCCCAACAACAAGAAGAAGGGCGCCGCCGCCAAGCAGACGAGCCCCGCCUCUGCCGCCGCCACCGCCGGAAGCAGUCCCAGGAGCGCCCGGACGACGACGACGACGACGACGUCGAUGCCCGCGCGCCGCGGUCGCACGAUGACCAGGGCUGCCGUGCAGCGCGCCGCCGCCACGAAGGAGAGCAAGCCCCCGGCCAAGGGCUACGACAUCACCGUCAAGGACGAAGACGAUGUCACUACUAGCAGCAUCACCAUCCCCCGCACCCUCGGCUCGCCCUUCCAGUACCGGGACCCGGCCACUUUCCCGCCUGACUCCGACUCCGAUUGGGACGUGCGUCGCCGGCGGGUCGGCGACGGCGAUGAUGAUGAUGGCGAUGACUUCAACACUUUGUUUGAUGACGAGUGUGCGGAGGAGAUGCCGAGCUUUCUGUUUGAGCGGGGCUAUGAGUCUGACGGGUCGGACAAGACACUCACCCAGAAGGGUUACUCGGCCGCUGUCGAGUUGCUCAACUCAUUGGAGGCUCUUGAAUAG